CUAAGUUGCAGCAUUGCUUAGAGAGAUUGAGAGAGAGAGAGAGAAUUCAUCAGAAAGGCAGGAAGUGAUCAAACAGUGUGUGUGAUUAGAAUUGGGAGGUUGCCGGAUUUUCGUUUGUUGUGACCAUGCUCAAAUUUGCAACAAAAAAGCCGCCAAGAUAUAAACACUUUGAACAUGGGGAUUUAGGGGCAUACCGUGAGGGUCAAGGUGAUGAGCGUUACUAUGGAGAUGAAGGUGGGAGUAUUCGAUUGGCCGGCGAUUAUACCCGAUUUGACCCGGUUAAUGGAGAUGAUAUGUUGGAUUAUUAUGACAACACUUUGGAUUACUCACAAAACUUGCCGGAAUUUUCUGAUUCCAGUUACCAUGGCAACAAAGAAUACCAUAGACCAAAUGACGUAGGUCAUGGUCCAGGUCAUGCAAGGCCAAGUUGGAAGGCACCUAAUGUGAAAUAUGGAAUUUUGGGGCAGGAAGUUCACCAGCCUGUUCCAAAUAAGGAAGUGGGAAUGUCAAGGAAUGGCCAGCAAAGGUCAGAGGUCAAUCCAGGAUUUGUAGAGAACACAUUGGACCACAGGAAAAUGACUGACCUAUAUAGGGAUGAUAUUGAUGGACAAAGUGGAGGUCAACAGUAUUAUAGUGGACAGCAGGGGCUGAAUGACCUGUCUAGAGGUCAAGGUCAAAGGUCAAACUAUGGAGGUCAAGAAUUAAGAGAUCAGGAGCAAGGAAUGGGGAAUUAUUAUCAAGGUCAAGGUCAUGAAAUGGUAAAACCUAGUGUAGACAUUUCUAGUAGGCAGAUGUUAUACCAAAGAUCUGAUCAGCCUUUUCCAGUCCUAUCUUUGUCAUCAGAACCCACUUACAGUGUAGAUUCAACCACCAGUAUGUCAAUAGAUUCCAUGAGUGGAACAAGUAUUGGGGAUAGGUCAUCGAAGAGUACGUUAGAGUUACAGGAUUAUGACCUGCUACUGGACAUGCCACAGGUGACCAGAAGAGGUAUUGACGUAAAACCACCUGUACCUCAAAAACAUAAGCAUAUUCAUGUUGGAAGGGGUACCCACGGGAUCUGCGAGGGUCCGGUGUCCCAUACUAGGCCGGGGUCAUCAGAAAGUCACAUGACAUCAUCAUUGCGGAAAAGCCCUUCAGGGGUCAAAAGUGGGCAUCAUGUUCGUUGGGACCCUGGAGUGGUCAACAGUGGUUCUAAACAGACAUUGAUUCCAUUAUCUGAAUUGCAGCCCAAGUCUCCACCCACAAAGAGGGGCAAAAAGAAAACAUCAUUAAGGAACUUGUUAAAUUUACCAAAAAUGUCUUUUAGUGAUAAUGAAAGUUCAGAUCAAGAGGGCAGUUCAAAACGAGAGUCGAGCAGGCAUCGAACUGAAGGAACUGAUAAUCGUGGAACUUUGAAGAAAUUGCUUGAUGGUCGAAGUGGCUGCAAGCGUAAAGAACCUGUUGCUUCAGGCCAGAGUGCUAUAAUAACUACAACAAGUAGUGAGAUAGCGUCUUUGAGAUACAGAAAUGAGUAUCAGAUAAAUGAUAACCUGCUGGAUUCACAAGAGUUCAGCCAUCAAAGGAAAGGCAAUGUUGCUAAAUUGGACAUUACAAAAGCCAAUCAGGGACACAGUCUGUUUCCGGGUAGAUAUUAUGAUCAAAAUACUGACUAUGACCCUCUGCAGCAGACAGACUCCAUUUCUCACCCAAUAGUGCAUUCAAGAUCAGAUCGUUCUAUUUUGAGCCCGCAACCUAAAUACAGACCUGUCACUGAGGGCGAGUUUAGAAUUCGGAGCCCAGUUAGAUCAGUGCGUCCAUUUCUCAUUAAUGGCCAAGCAAAUGAAAGCCAAGACUAUGACAAUUUUACGGAAAGUGAAACAUCUUCACGAAAUCUUAACCUCAUUAGUGUCAGCAGUAAAGAACCAGACAAGCUUAAUGUAUUACAUCAGGGUAAAGUUUCAUCUCUGUAUGCAAAUGAGAAAAAAACACCACAAUACCUGAAUGAAAAACAAGUUACUACAUUGCCUGUGACUGUGGUUUCAUUUGAUACUUUUGUGACACAUGGUCGACCUUCGGAUUCUAAUGUCACAUUUGAUACGUUUGUUACUCUUGGCAGGCCAUUUGCAACCAGUACACCUGUGCCAAACGGAAUUUCUGCAUUCAGUCAGUAUGUUAGCCAACAGACACCAAAUGUGCAUAGUUCUGACAAUAAAGAUGUGGUCUCUAGGACUGGAGAUGGUAGAGUAGUGGCUUUUCAUGUGGCAAGUGGACAUCCAAGCUCUUCUGUGACCCAGAGUUGGAAUUAUACAUCCGGCUCCCUGCCUGGGGCUAGGUUGCCAAUGGCAACACAGACUGUGACUUCAAGCAUGAUGGAACCAGGCAUGAAAGCUUCUGGCUUCCCGGAGCAACAUUCUGGUCACAUGACUUCAGGGUCUAAGACACAAGACUACUAUUUGAAACAUUUACCGACAUACAAUCGUGAAAUAACAGGACCUUAUGAAAUGGACAAUAGAAAUUAUGGAAAACUGAAUUUGUCUCCGACAACGUUUUUAAUGGAGGCACCUGGUCCAUUUUUUCCAACUUCUAGUCCGCCAGUGCAAUCUGAUUUCUCAAAAGUUUCCAAAGAACAAGUGCAAAGCAACGCACCAAAAACAGCUAAUGAUGGUGUAAAAACAAUGGAAUACAAAGAUCAGUGUAGGUUUAAAGAAAGGGAACAUUCUGACUAUGAUGAUGAUGUUUUUCAAAUGUUUGGAUUAAGCCCUUUGAAAGGUGACGUGCCCGGUAAAAACGCCAGAAGAAAACUGGAAUUUGAAGGAACGUCUUCAUUUCACAAGCCAGUGGUGUCAUCUUGUGUUCCACAGAUCAACCAUGAAAUGAAUCAUGAAGACACCCUGAACCACAAUUAUUCAGGCUACCCAAAAGUUCAAGUGGUACCUGGCAUAAGUCAGGUGAAAUCACCGUCCACCACGAUGUCUUCCAACAUGAAUGAGAUGGAACAUGAUCGGACGGAUGGCGAUAGCUGUAUUCUGGACCUCGUGUACAUCACAGAGAGAAUCAUCUCGAUGUCAUUUGCCUCGGAGGAACACGAGAACACAUACAAGUAUAACCUGAAGGAAGUCACGCGGAUGUUGAAGACCAAACACGGGGAAAACUACCUGGUGAUAAAUAUAUCAGAAAAGAAGUCAGACUUAGCAAAACAUUGCCCACAAGUGCUCGAAUUUGGUUGGCCGGAUAACUUGGCCCCGCCCCUUGAGAGAUUGUGCAGUAUCUGCAAGGCAAUUGACCAGUGGAUGGCCUCUGAUAUAAACCAUGUGAUGGUCGUGCAUUGUAAAGGGGGGCGUGGCAGGAUAGCGGUCGUCAUAGCGGCGUACAUGAGAUACAGCAAUAUAUGUGCCAGUGCCGACCAAGCUCUAGACAGAUUCGCCAUGAAGCGUUUCUAUGACGACAAGUUGGGAGGACUACCACAGCCCUCCCAGAGAAGAUAUGUUCACUACUUUGCGGGUCUACUCUCCGGUGCAAUACAGAUCAACAGCAGUGCCCUCUACCUUCACCAUAUCUUGAUCCACGGUGUGCCCAACUUCGACACCAACGGCGGGUGUCGCCCCUUCAUCAAAGUCUACCAAGGAAUGCAUCCCAUCUUUACCUCUGGUGUUUACAAUGUUACAGACAACAUGCAGAAAGUGUGCAUCUCCAUUUCACCGGGGAUUCCCCUCAGAGGGGAUAUCCUCAUAAAGUGUUACCAUAAAAAGAACAAUGCAGGCCAGAGGGACAUUAUUUGGGGAUGCCAGUUCCAUACAUGUGCAAUUUCCCACAAUUCCUUGGUAUUCAGCAAAAAUGAACUCGAUGACGCGAUAAACGAUCCGCGUUUUCCCGACCCAGGCAAAGUCGAGUUUGUUUUUGGCAAUAACUCAGAAGGCUUGGUUCAAGUGGCGGACUUCAAGUCUGACGUCACGGUUCCAGUUGACGACUCCACAGAAGCAAUGACACGCUGGGACUCCUACGAGAACUUUGGAAAAACUGAAGGCAAACUCACAGAUGUGAAUGCCAAUGGUUUACAAAGUUCUACACAAUAUGGGGUCGACAGUUUUCGAGUAACGCAACCAGAUCAUACACAAGGUCCGGUUGACGGGGGUUUAUACGCGCAAGUAAACAAGCGGAAACUUGAGUCGCAAAUUAUUACGAACGGGACCAGCACCAGGCAACAAAAUGGCGGCUCGUACACCUCGAGUCUAGAUUCCGGUAUUUCUGCAUUCUCUGUGCCUGUUGGCUCCACCACACACAAAACCACGAGCAGCGAGAAUUGGUCGUACAGGAAGGAGGAGAUGAAUAAGCAGCCAGUAUCAUCUUACUCGAGCAUGAGUAAAUCGUACAGCUCGUCUGCGAGCCCUCGAUCCGGCAAGGUCGCGCUUGACGAGCAGACACAACUCGAUCAGAUUUUGAGUGACUUACUGAGUGAUCAGGCGUUUGUGAGUCAGAAAUCUUCUCCUGGAACGCGGAGUUUUAGGACUGUGGAGGAGCAUACGAAUCCUGAGGGAAAUAUUGUUGUUCAGCGCGGGGAUGUUACGUAUAAAAUCCCGGAAGUGAGGAGCGAGAAGCAAUAUUCUGUGAAAACUGAAAGUAGGACAGUUAUGGAAGAUAAGUACAAGCCAGUGAAUGCAUUUACGUAUACGCCUUCUUCGCCUGAGAUGUCAAGGUCGUUUGAUGGAGUUCGAAGCCCAACGAGCCCUAAGGCUCCAUACAAAGUGGACUAUGACAACAACUAUAAAAAGGAGUCUUAUAACUACCAAGCUAAUGGACCUUCCUCCCUUAGUGAUGGUGAACACUCGUUGUCAUGGCUUCAGCAGCAACAGGCGAAAUUACGCGAGAAGAGUGUAGAACGUGACCCAAGACGGGAAAGAAAUGAACAAAUGCUUAUUGAGGAACUGAAAAAAUCUCAGACACAGAACAAAUACUUUCAGAAAAAAAGUGAGGACGAUUCAAUGUCUAAAGUUUCGUCUUCUUCGUUACAAAAUGGACCGACUAGUCCCUACAGUUACACCGUUUCACGCACUCACACAUACGAUACAGAUAAGUCUCCAAACGAGCGAGCUUUUCCUCCCCAUGACAGUAUACCCAUGGCCCAUUCUCACACAACAUACAUCACAGAACAACAAUCAUCUACGACAUCAAAAGUUUCAAACAAACCUCCACCAUCCCCCAGUUUGCAACGGUCUGUAGCUCCGUCGAUGCAUUCACCUCCUCCGGUUCCUCCACCACAGCGAACGAGCAGUCGUGACUACAUGCAACAACAACAGCAUCAGCAACAACAGCAUACGCGAAACCGCUCCUACAGUGGCGGGGCGUACCAACAGCAGUCGUCAAAUGCGUGGAAAAGUGAGACUCACGCUCAACCGAGGGUUGUUCAGAGACAUAACUCUGAGUCAGCAUAUGACAGAGAUCAUUUUGAACGCCAGCAGACUAACAAGCAAUUCGUAACUCCCCCGAUUUCACCACGUUCAGUGUCGCCCCAUACUUUUCAGUCAUACAAAACUGUGUAUAAAACCAUACACCACAAAGAUGAAGAUGAACCCGAUUUUUCGCAGCCUCAGAUGGAAGUGAAAAUGGAGAAACAAAUCCAGAAAGAACAACACAUGCAUCAACAGCAACAGCAACAGCAGCAGCAUGAUUCAAAUAAGCCCCACUACAUCACAGAGGUCAUUGUGCAGAGAACAGGUGGUGCUGAUUCAAAGAACAGCACUUUGAACAGAAGUGCCGAGUUGGAUCGCGAAACUGAUAACCGAUUGGACGCCCUUGAAAAAUCUCUACAAGCUGCGUCACACUCCAUAAUACAGAAUCAACCUACUUGGCAACAACAACAACAACAGAAUGUUGUCAGGCAAGAAACGCGUCAGUACGAAACGCGUACAUAUGAAACACGAAGCGAACAGCAAAGGCGUGAACAUAAAACGGAACAGCAGACCGUGAGUAACGGUGGCUACCCUCGCAGCAUGUCCCCCGUGUGGGAUAAUUUCCCAGUUGAGCAUAUUCAACAGAAUCAAGCGAACCAACAGCCCCACAAGCUAGAAGUGACUGAGGUGGACAGGAUAACCCUGAAGCCAAUAGGCCCAGGCAUACAGCAACUUGAGCCCGAGGGCUCUGUGCACUCAACUAGCACCCUUGGGCGUGACUCUACCCUGGGGCGGGCAACUACACCCAGUUUCCCCACAAGCCCACAGGCUUCUGCAGAACAGUACAUUCAAGCUGUGCAUGAGAAAGUUCGUCGGAUGUCCAUUGGCUCUAACCAAUCACUAAAUAGUGUUGGUUGCCUUGUCACCCCUCCUUUCCCCUUGACGCCUAGAACUCCGUAUGCCAACACGUCAUCAGCGAACACAUCGUACAACUAUCAGCAAGGCUCAAGGUCUGCCCAGAGCUUCAAUUACGGGCUACAGAGCUCACCUUACGGGCAACAGAGCUCAGUUUAUGGGCCCCCGAGCUCGGGCUACAGUCAUACGGGCUCUGUUUCUGGAAUUUAUGGACCCCCUAGUUCUGUACCACACUACAGCUCGCAACAAUCGUUGAAUAGCGUUUUCGAAAGAGAAGAGCCCCAACCGCAACCAGCUAAAGAUUACAAUACGAUAUUAUCUCGUCAGCUUAUGCAUAGCACGAAUGACCCAACGUAUGCUUCUAUAAAUGACUCGGAUGUGCGAAAUCAGAGAGGUGGGAGUCAUGUGACAAGUCCUACCGGUACCCUGCAGUCAGAUAGGAUGCAAUAUCAGACCCAGUACCAGCAGAACUACCAGACUAACACCCUGCCCCACAAUGGUCAGCAACAGAUGAGUGCUGGGUACCAAAGUAGCACUCUGCCGCAUAAUGUGCAGCCUCAGAUGAGCGCUGGGUACCAGAGUAGCACUCUGCCACACAAUAUGCAGCCUCAGAUGAGCGCUGGGUACCAGACUAGCACUCUGCCACACCAGUCUGGCUUUCAGCAACAUCAGCAGAAACAGCAAUACCAGCAGUCUAGUAGCUACAGCACCCAGCAGUACUCGAGUAGCAAUCAACAGUCCUCACAUGACGGCAGUCUACAUGUGGACACCAACCCCAGAAUGUUGAUGACACAGCCCGCUAGGUCACCAGGGGCAUCUUCUCCUGGCAGCCCGCCAUCCCCUGGAAAUCUGAACACCCUAAGACAUCAACUGCACACAGCCCAUUCGAUGUCGAACAGCGCAGUUUCACCUGGGCCGCACUCUGCUACGGGCCAGUCCUCGCCUAGUGUUUACUUUGGCCUGUCAAGGCGUGGAAGUCUCACAUCACUUGCAGAUUCUGAGGCGACGCAUACGACCCCUCGGUUUGUGAAGGACACAUCCAAGUACUGGUACAAACCCAGCAUCACGAGGGAGGAAGCCAUAAUGAUCUUAAAGGACAAGGCCCCGGGGACAUUUGUCGUCCGUGACUCAAACUCCUUCCCCGGAGCGUUUGGCCUCGCCCUGAAGGUCGCAACCUUGCCUCCAAAUGUGCAGAUUAAGUCUAGCGGUGAUCCCCAGGCAGAUUUGGUGCGCCACUUUCUCAUUGAACCCACCAGCAAAGGAGUCAGGCUGCGAGGCUGCUCUAAUGAGCCAGUGUUUGGGUCCCUGGCAUCCCUUGUGUACCAGCACUCGCUUACACCACUUGCUCUGCCAUGUAAACUCGUGUUGCCAGAGGGGGGCGGGUCAGUUGACCAGUCGCACACCUUGAGCGAUGUCUCUCCAACCGCCGAGAUGCCUAGUUCUGCUACUCAGCUUCUGGCCCAGGGUGCAGCGUGCAAUGUUGUCUACCUGAGCUCUGUGGACAUGGAGUCACUGACAGGCCCUCAGGCAAUCCAGAAGGCUGUCAAACAGACGAUUGACAACCCUCCGCCAAAGACGACCCAAGUUCAUUUCAAGGUGUCAAAUCAUGGCAUCACUCUCACAGAUAACCAAAGAAAACUGUUUUUCCGUCGCCACUACCCGGUCGCCACUGUGACCUUCUGUGGUACUGAUCCGGAUGACAGGAAAUGGAGAUAUGACUCUGAUGUCCCUGGAGUGCCGACAGAAGCAAGGGUGUUUGGAUUUGUAGCCAGAAAGCAAGGAGCCGUUUCUGAUAACCAGUGCCAUCUUUUCUGUGAACUUGACCCAACCCAGCCAGCUAGCGCCAUAGUUAACUUUGUUACAAAGGUUAUGAUUGGCCACAGCAAAGUCAAGUCAUAGCUGAUUAACAGAUUGGCUUAAAAGCUAAACAUUGUUGAACUGUAACGAGACUUUUCAUUGGAUGGAAUUUCAAGAUGGUGCUGAUAGGUUCAGAAGUGAAUAAAAGGAAGGAAUUUGAUUGGUUGAUACUUGUGUAGAAGAUGAAUAGCUUGAAAAAGUUUGAUUACUGUUGAAGUUGUAAGGGUAGUUCACUUUUAUUCAAUGUAAUGUUGUGUUCAAGUGUUUGAAUGGUUGUUUUUUUAACCAUGUGAUGUUAUUUAAGUGUUGUGACUUGGUUUUAAGAUUGUAUUUAUAAGGUUUUAAUUUUAGGACAUGUUAGUGCAUUGACUUACAUAUUUAUUAUAAUUAGAUGUUUUACUUUUAAUGAAAAACAGUCUUAGUCUUCAUUGCACCAUACUACAAGGAAUACUUUCCUGGAGUAAAUUUAUUACACAAAAUGGAUUUAUAAGCUGCAUAAAAAUUGUGAAUUUUGAAUGAAAGAUAAGGUUUGAAAAACUGAUGCACUUGUGUUAUGCAUCUGUACAGACUUGUAUAUAGAUUUUAGCUGAAUGUUAAAGUAGACAAAUAUUUGAGCUGCGAACUAAAUAGUGUUGUUUUAAAUGUUUUGACUAUGGUGCUAUAAUUUUUGCACAUGUUACCUUUUAUAGUAGUUUUCUUGUAUAUUGUAAAUGUAUGCUGUGUUAAAUGGGUAUAACUAUGUACAAAGGUUGAUUGUUAAAGCUAUGAUGUAUAGCUUUCUGUGUAAUGUAUAAUUAAAGCAUGGUAUUGUAAGUAUGGCACAUACAUAGAAUCAAAUUGAAGAGCUGUUAUGAAACUGUUGCAAGGACAUGAUGCCUGUUUGGCAAAACUUUGAAAUUAAAUGCAGUAUUUUUUUACAUUAUAAAUAUAUUUAAAAUUGUCAUUAUUAAAUAGAGUAAUGAAUUGGCAUUAAAAGUAAAAUAUAUUAAAUCAAUAUUUGAGAGUUGGUAUUUAGGUUCCAUGUGUUAAUAACAGAAUGCAAGCCAUCCAAACAAGUUUGUUAUUUAUCCAGAUAUGAACACACUAGUUUGGUAAAGGUCAUGCUGAUAUUCAUGUAGACUAUGUCUGAGAUGCUGCUAUAAUAUACUGCUUGAAUGAUUGCAUGUGAAGAAAUACAAAAUGUACACAAAUAUUUCAAAUGUAUCCUGUGUUGUGUUUAAGAAGCAGUCCACAGAAAAAGCUAUGUGUGACCCAGAGUCUAUUAACAAUGACAUAAAUUAUCAAAUUUUUUACAAAGUCAAUUAGAAUUAUUGUAAAGAGGCUUAAAUUUAUUGCAAUUUUGAAAACUUGAAAUAUAAUUAUAAAUGUAAAUGCUUUACACAACUGUUUUUGUAUGAUAUGAAUGUUGUUUAUAAUUUACAGCUUUUUACCUCUGUAAAUGUGUUUAUAUUAUUACAUGGUAUCUUAUUUAAUUUCUUUCAUGUUGAAUGUUGUUAUGUUAAAUAUUAUAUUAUUAAUGCAUUAGAGAACAUUUUGUGCUUUUAAUAUUAUCACGUUGAUGUUUUGACCCCUCGCCUCCCUUUCGUUGAAAUAUUCCUGUUACAAAAGGAAUCCUCUCUUCCUGAUUCUGUUAAUGCUUGGAAUUUAAUUGAGUUUUCCUUCAUUUUAAUGAUUGAAAGCGACUAUAAAACAACAACAUGUGCAUACAUUUUUUCGUAAUUAUCAAAUUUAAACAUGGUUCAAUUUUAAAUUUGUAAAAAAAAUUAAAUAAAUUAAUGGCUCAUUCAUUUUGAAACUAAUUUGCCAAUGAUAUUAUUUAUUAUUAUUAUAGAUAUAUUUUGUUGUAUUUUGUACGUUUAGAAACUCAUCUCUCAAAAUCAUGUUUCAUUCUCUGAAAAAUGGCUUUUUUAUUCAUUUGUCCAAAAUCAUUUUGUUAAUAUUUUGAAAUCACAAUUAAAUAAAAAAAAAAUGUGAAAAAUAAUGACAACCAUGGUGAUAUUACAUGAAAAUGAUCUGACAUUUAAAAACUUUUUAUUUUUUUAAACGAUAAACGUAACUUUCAAUUUGAUUUGUUGAAUUCUUUUUAACAGCAAAAUAUUCAAAAAUGGUUUAUUUCUUUCAACUCAUAAAUUGUUAUAUUUGUAUGCCUUAAAUAUUGUUAAUUCUUGCUUCAAAUAUUCACAUAUUUUGCUUGUCAUAAUUUCAUACUUUGUACAUGACUGCCUUAAAUUAGUUCUUCUUAAAGGAUGACAAAGGCAUGUUGAUAAUGUUCACCUGGAAUAUAUAUACGAUUUCAAUGAAGAAUUCCAUCAACAUCAGAUGUUUUAAAGCAAACUUCUUUACAGUCAGAUAUUUCAAUCACCAAAAGAGUUCAAUUCGUGAACCUACAAAUUGAAAUAUAACUCCUAAAUUAACAUCAAGGAUAACUCAGCAUAAAAUGCAAAGUACAUUAAACUCAGGUGAUAACGAAGGAUGAUAUACCAUUUCACUUAAAUACUAUUUUAUUAAAAUAUCUAAAUAACACUUGGUUAUCACGCAGACGACAAACUUAAUACAGUAAUUCAUCUGUAUUAAUCAAUAUGGAAAAUGAUUCUUUGUUAUUAACGGUCAAUAAAAACAUAACAUUUGCAAGUAUAAAUAUUUUAAUAAAAUGUUUCCUUGGCAACGCAAAAUAUACGCCCUACAUUUAACAUGUUGACAUACAGAAUAUAAACCCUGCAUUUACAUCUCAACAUGCUCCUCAUUAUGCUUUGAAUAGUUAUGUUAGUAUUGGAAUUAGGAAUGUUAUCAACUCUCUCUUAUGUGUAUCUUUAUACUAUAUAUGAACUAAUAAAUGUUCAUAAAACA